AUGGAAAGAUCGUUGCAAAACUUGGAAGAGGUGAAAGUUGCUUCUCCAUUGAAGACCAACCAAGUUAAUUCUCCGCGUGAGGUUUUGAAACAAUCCAAUGACAGUAAGGCUAAGGGAAGCAAUACCAAGUCUUCUCCUUCCACUCCUGUAAGAAGUAAAAGCCCAACUCUUCCAGCAAAGAAGGACAAGAAAACACCUUCCGAGAAUGUUAGGGCCUCAUGGAAGACUCCCGAGAAUAUGAAAUUCAAAUCAUGGUCAAAACCUUCGCCUUGGAGCGCUUCUAAAGCUGAGAGAUUCAAAGAUGAAAAUGUUUUGACCCCUCCCCCUACAAAAUACAACAUGAACCUUUCGUCAAUGGACUCGAAGGAAUUUGCUUCCAUUUUCAAAUCUCAAAGUCCAAGAUUUAAGGAGCCUAAAAUUGAGACACCUCCUCCAACCAAAUACAACGUUGUGGAUCCAAACUUAAAACAUGGAGAUUUGGCCUCUGUCAGUUUCAAAACGACAACUAAAAGAGAAUUUGAAAUGGACAGAAAACCAACGUCACCUGGAUGCACUCAGUAUUCUCCAGUGACCUCAUCAAUGGAUUUCAAGCAUGGAAUUGUCUCCUCCUUCAGGUCAUCAGUCGACAGAUUUAAAUUACCGACCCCUUUGACGCCUCCUCCAACAAAAUACAACGUCAAUACUUCGACUUUCAAAGUCAAGAAAGACAAUAAGGCUUUUGGAUCAAUGUCGCCAAGAUUUGUUGAGCCAAAAUCAUGCACCCCUCCAUCGACCACGUAUGACACCAGCAAGUAUUCUGAUUUUUGUAAGCAAGUCACAAAAAACACCUCAUCCCCAUUUAGCACUUCCGCGAGUAGAUUUUUCGAUUUGACUCUGAAAGAAGCAAGUAAGGUGCCACCAGCUGGAGCGUACACAGUGCCAGCAAAUUGGGAGGAAAUUAUUUACAAAGGUCCAUCCAAAAAGUAA